CACUAAACCAUAACUUCUCACAAGUUCUGAGAUAUGUAUUCUCGAAUAUAUAUUGUUCCCAAUGAUGGACUGAAUACCUUGAUUUCCAUUCAAUCAAAAUUUCCAAUUCAUAGGCAAUUAAAUCCAACAUGCCAUCUCAAAAGGUAGCUCUCGUAAUCGGCGCAUCUCGAGGAAUCGGUCGUCAAAUCGCUAUUGAUCUCGCAAAGAACGGAUAUGCAGUAAUCGUAUCGGCCAAAUCCACCAGCGACGCCUCUACCACCCAUCCUUUCCCCCCAAAUCCCAAUUCAUCCGCCUCAACCAUCUCCACCGUCUGUCGAGAGAUUCUCGAAGCCGGAUUCACCGCUACCGCCAUCCCCUGCGAUGUUCGCUCCCACGCCUCCAUCUCCUCUCUCAUAUCCCAGACCAUUUCCACCUACGGACGCAUCGACGUACUAAUCUACAAUUCCGGCGCUAUCUACCAUUCCUCCGUGCUUACCACCCCUCUAUCCCGAUACAUGCUCAUGGAAUCCAUCAACCCCAAUGGUCUCUACGCCACCAUCCAAUCCUGCAUUCCUCACUGGAAAGCCCAAGAUUGGAACGCCCGAAUCGUCGUCAUCUGUCCACCCAUCUACUCCCGAUUUUUCCGCGGCAAAACAGCCUACGCAAUGGGAAAAGUAGGAAUGAGUGUUCUAGUCCAAGGUCUCGGUAUGGAUUUCUCCCGCAUGGGAUCAUCGGGUCAGAAUAUGGCGAUUACCGGUCUCUGGCCCGCGGUUGCCAUUGAAUCUGCAGCGACUGCGCAUUUUUCUUCCGCAGAUGAGGAUUUGAGACAUCCGAGUAUAUUUUCUGAUGCGAUCUUAUCGAUUGUGAAAGCAAAGACUGAGGAUGUAAAUGGGAGUUUGUUGUUAGAUGAGGAUUACUUGAGAGAGCAUGAUGGAGUGAGCGAUUUUAGUAAAUAUGCUUUAGUUCCCGGGACUACCCCGAGGAGGAUCAUGCCGAUGAAGUUUCCGGAUUUGAGAGUUGAGGAGCAGGAUGAUGAGGGGGUGAGAAUGGAUAGUGCGAAGAAAGAAGAGAGUGGAAAGUUGAGUAAACUAUGAGGGGUUGAUGUAGUAGAUCAAGUCAGAUCUAUACUUGCUUCCAUUACCAGAUACCUUAUUUCAGUUAGGGUGAUAAAUGACUGUCAGAUCAUAUGGGUCAAUUGCAUUCCAAUUUUAAAUGUUAUAUCAUAACAAUCUUAACAAUCUUGGAUUAUAUAACUAAUUCUAUCCAAAGAUUAUGUAUGGACAAGGGAAUUCAUUCAAGGGAAUUCACUUCAAAGGAUUCACUUCAAUACAAAGGCAACUGUAUUAAGGUUAUUAGGCGAAAGCGAAGGAGACUAGCUCUUUCAGUAGUGCCUAUAUAAGGCCUACUAUUUCCCUCAUUUAGCUAGCUCCUUAGAUUGAAUACAAAUAGAUAUUUAGGGGCCUACACAUAGUGGGAACCACGUCUUCCG